AUGCCUAGCAUGAUUUUAGGCGCAUUGCAUGUGUCACACACCACCAAGCUGGCAAUGGAGACCAUUCCAGCUGCAGCGACUACAACCACCACGGACGCGUCCGGCAAUGGCGGCGGUGGUGGCGGUGUUGUGGGCAUUGGCGCCACAGCAGGCACCGUGGGUGGAAGCAUUGGCGGCGAUAAUAACACCGAAUCGGAUCCCUACGCUGGCCUAAUGAAGGAUGCUGAUAAAUUAAAGUUGAUGUUGCUAGCCUGGAAUUACCAAAACUCCAAUGCGGUACGCAACGGCACCGAGGGACCCGAUUUGGGUGUGGUUGGUGGCUUGUGGGCACAAUACCAGAAUGCUUUGGCACAAAAUGCUGCCAAUAACAAAAUGGAUACAUCGUUGUCGCCAGUGCCGCGCACAGAUGCCCCCUCGCCAAUGGAGGCGCAAGAUGAGACAAACUCGUCGGGACAGAAGGAGGAGGAUGAGGCAUCCGAGGAUGAUUCUGACGAUAAACUGGACGAGAAGUUGGCCACCCAUGAUCCCGAGCGGCUGAAGGCGUUUAAUAUGUUCGUGCGACUGUUCGUGGAUGAAAAUCUCGAUCGCAUUGUUCCAAUUUCCAAACAGCCAAAGGAAAAAAUUCAAGCAAUCAUUGACUCUUGCGCCCGUCAAUUUCCCGAAUUCAGUGAUCGCUCACGCAAACGCAUUCGCACGUAUCUGAAGUCAUGUCGGCGGAACAAGAAAACGCGCGACGGUUGGGACAACACGACUCGCCCGACACCCGCGCACUUGACAUCCGUACAGGCGGAACAGAUACUAGCUAUCGCUUGCGAGAAUGAGUCCAUGAAUGCCAAGCGCAUGCGCAUCGGCCUGGAGCCAAUCACACACGCCAUACCGGCGCCUGGCUCUGCGGUCGCCGCAGCUGCAGCAGCAGCGGCAGCAGCAGCCGCGGCCGCAGUGGCUGCCACCAGUUCGUCCGCUUCCGUAGGUGGGGUUGGCAUUUCGACAAUGACAUCGGUUUCGGCUAGCGAUGCGCUCUCCACCGUCACAACGUCUACGCUGCCAUUUAUGGGCGCUGGCGGUGGUGGCUUUGCACGCUCUACACCUAAUUCCGAUGCAGCCGAGCCACUUUCGUUGACACCAGCCGCUGCCGUUGCAGCUGCUGCGGCCGCAGCUGUAGCCGCCUCGACGGCUGGUGGUGGCAGCGGUGGUAUCAACUCGGCGCGCAGCUCGCCGCUGGCAUUGAGCUCGAAUACAAGUGUGAGCGGCAGUACUAGCGGGCUGGACAUAAAACCGCUAACGGCAGCACUAUCGAACGGCAAUGCGCCAACAAAUGGCACAGUGAGCGGGUUGGCCGGCCUGCCUGCCACUAGUCCACUUUACCGGCCAUCAGACUUCACUUCACCCUCGGCAGCAUCGCCAUUUGUGGCUGCUGCUGCUGCGGCAGUAGCCGCUGGGCGUACACCCACUUAUCCCGGCUACUUCCCGGGUGUCGCCGGGCUGGGAAAUGUCACUCCCACGGAUCUCUCCAUGAAACCAUCGUCCACUAGCGCUUGCGUCACACUCACCACCGCCCCCACCACCGUCAACACUAACAACAACAUCGGCGUUAUGGGUGUGGGUGCACAGAAUCUUACCAGCCUCGUCGCUAGUGGCGGUCUUUCUGUCAACAACAACAACGCACUCGUCACAGCUACACAACAGCUACAGCAGUUGCAGCAACAGCAACAACAGCAACAACAGCAGCAGCAGCAACAGCAACAACAACAACAGCAGCAGCAACAACAGCAACAGCAGGCAAUCAUGGCAACAGGUCUGAACGCCAAUCAGCUGGGUGGUGGUGGUGGUGGCAAUUUGAACGAUCCAAACAAUGUGGCAGCAGUACGGGCGCCGCCAUUGCUGGCGCACAAACUCACUCCCAACGAAAUAACGGCAGCGCGUCAAGUGAUCUCGGCGUACCGGGAAAGCGCGGCAUUUCUUCUGCGCACAGCCGAUCAGGUGGAGCAGCUGCUAGUGCAACAACAGUAAAUGCGCGGGCUGGGUGUUUUGUGGAAUAUGGUGGAAAUGUCUGCUGCUGUUUGAAGUGCGGCAACUUGAGUUUAUUGUUGCUUUUCGGGUUUAUUUCAUUGCAUUCUGGUAGUGACGCAAGUGGGGUGCUUUAGAUUUAAAUAAUUUUUUUUUUUUUUUGCAAAACAAAGAGCAGCAUAUGAUCGUAGACAGACAACAGACAUACAUAUAAACCAGCAUUUUUUUAUAGCAAUAUAAACUCACCAUUGACCCCUUCUACAGAGGCGGGUUGUUCCUAUUUUACUAAAACAAAAUACAUUUAAACUAGCAGUAAUCCAAAAAUACAGAAAUAGUCAAAACAAUAUAAAAUAAACUAAA